UUGAAAGAACGCAAGCAUAUCAACAAACAUAUAAUAGGCCAAGACCUCUGAAGCGUUGCCAGAUAGUCACACAGAGCAUUUUGAGCUGGACACGAUUUCAAGCAGAGCAAGAGAGAAGAUCAGCCACGAUGAUGCUAACGUCGGAGCUAAAGAGCCGUCACUUUUGGGCCAGCGCCCUGAUAGAGCUGAUCGCAACUUUCUUUUUCAUCUUCCUGACAACUGGUACAACCAUCACAUGGAAUCCGAUGCAACCUCCGUCGACAGAGCUGAUUUCUUUGUGUUUCGGACUGAGCAUUGCAACCCUGGCGAUGUGUAGUUUACACCUCAGUGGCGGGCAUAUCAACCCCGCUGUUAGCAUCGCCAUGAUGGCCGUUCGAAAAGUGUCAGUCAUUCGAGGGAUAACUUACGUAAUUUUUCAAAUUGUCGGAGGUGAGAACACUAAAAGCAACUCUUAGCCUUAGUGUAAACAACUUUUUCUAACCUAAAUUUCUCAGUGAUAGAUGCAGAAAGGGAAUACCUUCCUCAACGACUAGAUAUCAAAGGCCAGAAAAAGCAAUGGCCAUAACUAUGGAAAUGACUUGUUAUUUCGCCAGGUUUCUGAGAUGUAAGCAAAGCAGAUAUUUGCUACGAGACUAGUUUUUAUUGCUUACACACGCUUCAAUGAAUCGAAAGAUUAAAAACUCAUUCGGGGCAGAAAGGAAUACGACAAACGCUAUUCCUAAGCCGAAAUAGAAGUAUUGCCAUGACUAUCCGUAGAGAAAAUGGCUCCAUCGCAAAACUGUUACACCCGAAAACUUAGAGCUAAGGAAAUUGUCGAUUGCUAAUUUUCCAAUUGCAAGGAAAGAUAACUGUCUUUUCAGUUCGGUGGCAGUUUUUAAUUAACAUCGGGGUAACGGCGACAAAGAUACAAUACAACCGACACGUUUCUGGUGCCUUUCCAAUAUAUUACAUUGGAUCAAAGAAAUUGGCCAAAUGGCAUUCGAUCAAUGUUAUCUCAAGUACACGUACCAAGACUUCCUAAUACGUCAUAUGAUACCUUGCGUGCACGCGGAUCAAUUGCCUGUAAAACCACUAGAGUGCUACUUAAUUCAUUCAGCAAAAUCGUUUCACUUUGGCAGAGGUUUGAGCAUUUUUGGCCACUGCCACAACAGAUUACGUAAUAAAUAAUACAUCGAUUGUGAAAAUCUCCGAAAGGUAAAGCAUAUUUACAAUAUUUCAGGUAUUUGGCUAGAACGUGUUGGCAAUAAAUUCGAAAAAUGUCUAGAAUGUUUUCUACUGAGAAAGCUUUCUUUGUUGCACACAUGACUUCACAUGCUUCGAUAGGCACGAACGUGAGUAAAUUUCAAGUGCUUUUAGCACUCAACCGCAAGCUCGUAGCUCGUAAAUAACACUGAUGUAACGAGGGAGGUACAAUCAGCUAAAAAAGUCAGGUCUGUCAAAUACAAUGCAUGUCGAGUAUGAAAUGUUCGUGUACUUUCUGGAGCUCAAUUUGUUCCACACCGUGAAAUAAAAAGAAAAACCGGGCUGCGUCAUUACCAUUUGACUAUUAAUUAUUGUUUACAGGUUAAAAAAAUUCUAAGUAGUUCGAGUUGCCAGAAAAAAGGUGUCGAAUGGGAACACCAGCGCAAACCAUCAAUGCAAAUGAUUACUAUUUUCCUGUUGGAUGGAAGUUCGAUCAAGUUGAAACAAUAGAAAAAAUAUAUAUAAAUAUACCUUUGGAUAAUUCUCCUCCCAGGCAUAUUCAGAUAAAUGUAAACAUUUAUAAAAGAGUAAUUUGUCAUCCUCUGAGGUCUUUUGUUGUUAAACCAUCAUUUGACAUGAUUCAAGUUGAACCCAGCAGAAGCAGGGUUGGCAGUUAAUUUUCCUAACGGAGACAUUGCCAUUUUGAAGGUCAAAUUUUAUCAAAGAUGGUUUUUUUCAAUUGUUGAAUGUUUUCCAUUUUCGUAAUGAGUUUUACAAGUGGACAAGUUUUGUAAGUUUUGAUAAGGUGUGAAAAAGUACUUAAGAUAUAGUCAAGUGCUUAAUUUAAAACUGCAAAGGAAGUAAUAAUUCGGCCUCCAAGUCAUGGCAGCUAAAGAUUAAAAAGUCGUUUAUGUGUUAAAUAUGGCGAAGUUGAGGAGGGGGGGAAGUGGCGAAGAGAGAGCUACUAUCGUGGGUAGGCCACAUAGGUGUGUUUUGGUAACAAGGCUGUGACCCUCAAACAGUUCAGUCUAAAAACCAGGAAAUUUCGAUGCGUAGGCAAAAUAUCAGUGCACUGCGAUCUGAACUUAAACCUUUUGCUGUGUAGAAGCUGUAUAUCCAUUCUUAAUACUUCCGAUAAAUUACUCCCCCCUGGAGUAACUAAAUAGCCGGAGGUGGGCAAUGGUUCACAGCCCUCAACACUUCAUUACACUGACGCAAUUAUGUAAAUGUGCCCUAACUGCGUGUUUGCCUACAUAGUUAUUCCUAAGACGUACGUGCCAAUACUGGGAAAGUAUAAAAAUUCGUGCACUCUUAGUUGUAAAGAUUGUGUUCAGGACUGAUAUGCGUACAUUAAAAACAUUUUGCGUCAUAUCAUUUGCAUUUGUAUUUUUGAUAAGAUGUGUCAGCAUGGAAGUCAAUACCUUUGUUUUGAAAAUUCUCCUCUGCAUUAAGAUAAAGAUCGAGUUCACUGAAGUUUGAGAACAAUGCAUUUUUGUUCUCUUCUCUAUAACAGGUAUCAUAGGCUCAGCGGUAUUAAAAUACAUCACACCAAAAGAAAAACGCGGAACACUGGGCGCCACUGUCCCAGCUGCCGGAGUGACCGCAGGUCAAGCAGUUGGUAUUGAAAUCUUGCUGACAUUCCUGCUGGUUUUCACUGUGUGCGCGAGUACUGACCCGAAAAGGAAUCAUUAUGGAUACGAAGUCCCUCUGUCAAUUGGCCUUUGCGUGGCCGUGUGUCAUUUCAUUGGGGUAAGUGGAAGGAUGGUGUCUUCGUAUCGCUUGAUUUAGGACGUUCGUUGCAAAAGAUUUAUUUUUGCGUUUAGUCUGGUCUAGCUUACUUUACUGACACUCCAUGUUAUUCUUUCAGAUUGGUUUUACAGGGUGUGGCAUUAAUCCUGCGCGCUCGUUUGGUCCAGCUGUCAUCAUGAAUACCUCCAAAAUCUGGGAAAACCAUUGGGUAGGUAACAGUGCCUGUAACCAUCAUUCUGUCCAAUAUCGAAACGUAUCUCCGUUAAAAGGGCCCCGUGAGAGAGGGAUUUCUCUGCGCUGUUUACCGGUCCUCUGUGAUUCGCGCUUGUUUCUUUCUAAGAGUGUUUAUUGAACGCCUAGGGUGGAGCAUGGCAUUUUAUCAAAAUAAUGUAUAAAAUGAACAAAGCCUAACCUUUGAACACUGUUUUUAUUGCUGCAUGGCGAGCAAAUGGAAGUCAGGAAAGUCUCUAAAGUCUUUGUGGCCACUCAACUAGAAAUAGGAAAUAAUUGUAAGAGAGAAAAGUAUUAAAUUGUAAAUUAUAAUAGUAAAAGAGAUGGAUCAUCUUGCACGCAUUGCGAACCAAGAGAGGACAACCCGCUCGUUGCGGAGUUAAUAAGAAGGUGUACGAGGCCACCUUCGAACGGAGUAGGAGAUUUUCAUGGUUGCAGUUCAUGUUUUUUUUUUUUUUUUUUUUUUGGUAGGUGUACUGGAUUGGUCCAAUUGGGGGAGGUUUAAUUGCAGCAGUUCUGUAUCAGGUGAUAUUUCGAACGAGGCAAGAACAAGGCCCAACGGCUGGUUCUGUGAAUGAGUUGGACAACUAUCAAGAUUCCAAGAUCUAAACUGUGAAGGAGUAUUAUCAUCGCUUAUAACGCGACUUUCCUGUAGAACGCUUAUUUACAAUGUUCAUUCAGCUUUUAAAAGGUUGUGGCCUGUAUCAAAGUAGCUUCACCAGGUAUUGCUAUUAGAGUUUUAAUAAAGAAAUCAACAUAAGUGAUUUUGUAAUCAAUAUGAAAUGGUCCUUUUUUGUUAUGAAGAAUGAUUCAUUUCUACGCGCAAAAGUACCAAAAGGGCUUUAGCUUUAGGUAGUCAUGUUUAUGAGAAUUUUUUAUGAGGAGAACAGCAGCGAUUUAGCAAUAUAAAUAUCGAAGGGGCCUUUUUAACGAAAAACGAUUCUUUUAAUGCGCACUAGAAUAAAAAGUUUAGGUAGCCAUUUUUUAAUUCUAUCACAAAGACUUAACGUACAUUUUUGCUUGCGUUUUGGCCUGUGAAGUGUUUAUCUUUGUACGGCACAAAGCAAGAAUGUUUUCACGCUUGUCGUGUUAUUUUGUAAACCUUGGACAAGUACCUUGGGAUUGAUUAGAAUCUGUCAGUAACUGAAUUAACAUUGGUAGCUAGAUUUUAGCGAUUUGUUACACUUUCAAAAUAUAUACAGGCACAUUCAUAAGUGUCAUUUGAGGAAAGGUUCCAGAGGAUGAUGGACCUUUAAUUCCCAGAAGUGAUUUUCAAGUAACUCAUCUUUGCAACGUCGAUACAUCUAUCAAAGACAGAUAUAAUACUUAAGAGUUAGUUUUUGUUUGUAAUACCUAAUUCUCUUUUCUACCUUACGAAGAAAUUAACAGGAAAGGAAAAUUACCAGUCAGACCUGUGAAUGACGAAAGGCAAUAUUCCCAUUGCAAGCCUAAUUUUAUCUUUAGUUACCAAUUUUUUAAUAAUACUUUCAUAACUUACUGACAAGCAGUUGUGGUAGAAAGUUUUUAAUGUUUUUUUUGGAGCUUCAAGGGUUGUGCAUUUACGUUUUUCACGAGAAGAAUAAGGUUAUUUGAUUGGGUAAUAAGCUUAAUUAGGAUUCGAAGUUGAUAUAUGUCCAGCCUCUUACGACCUUGCCUGAUGUUUAAAUAUCAUGAUUUUGAGACAUUUUUCACGUCUUUCAUUAUCAUAUACUUUAUUCAUGAAAAAGAAAAUAAAAAUUUCAAAAGUUCUGCGGGAUGUGUAUUUGGUGAAUGAUAAGCAUUUAGGUUCGGACGCUAAUUUUGUAAUCUUGAGUCGCUAACUUCUCGUCGAACCUUGCAUUCUGCUUAACGAAUCGAAAGUAGCUACGCCUCGUGAGUCCACAGCAUUUUCACUACUGUGAUGACGAAUAUCGUUGUCGAUAGAGUACACACCACAAUAAACCACUGUCGAUUUGUUUUUUGCCGCAAUAUCAACGUCAGUUAAAACGAUUUUUUCAGUGCGUGACCAUUGCGUGACAUGUUGACUCAAGCAGCGUUGUCUGUACUCUUAUCGACAACGGCAAAGUGGCCAAUCAGAUUACGACAUUACUGCCAAUUGUGGUAAAAUAACUUUUUUCAGCUAUGCGUUUUUUCUUUUAUUUUUUUGCUUUGGUUUCUGCUCGGUUUUUUGGUCUCAUUAUCACCAUUAUCUCUACCCAUAUCAUCAUCAUUAUCAUCGAUCAUUAUCACUAUUAUUAAAAUUAUCAAUGUUAUCAAUAUCACUACUCCUGAUAAUCCCAUCGCAAUACAGCCGGUCUAGUUCCUGCUUUUUGAGUCUUUUGUUAUUUUAUUUUCACUAACAGUUGUUUCUUUCUUCUUCUCUUUUCUCACACUGAUGAAAGCCCACUUAGGAUUUAACGACCUCCAGGAAGUGACAUAAACCCGUUUGUCAAGUUAUUUUUGAGUCUUAAACAAAUGCGGCAGUCAAGAAGAGAGGAGAGUUUUUUUUUUAGAUUUUUGUGGUUUUUUUGUACUUGAUCGCAGAAUCUUCUAGGCAUUCCAACUCUCUUGAAAUAUCUGACCGCCAGAAACAUUCGCGCAAUUUUUUCCACUCAAUACAUAUAGAAUUGGGCUUGGUCGGUCAGCGUCCACUGAUGGAUCUUGCCGGCUUUCAUAUUUGAUGGUCUGAUGGAUUCAUUAGUACCUUCUACAAUUUUCGUUUCUGUAGCAGGGAACAAACCCCGCUCAGCGCUCCGACCUCAAAUAACCAGGCUUGGUUACACAAUAAAGCAUUGUUUACAAGCUCUACCGAGAAUCCCGCCUUAUUCAUCUAUGUGAUCAGGUGAUGUUUGGUUUUUAGUGUAAGUCAAUCAAACAUCAACGGUAAUUCUCGUCAUACUUAGUAGGCAAGAGACGGUCUCUCUUUAACUCUUGAAAAGAACAAGUAGCUCCAAUAUGUAUCUCAGUGAAGGCAAAAUGGAGUUUAGAUCUCGCAAAUUUUGGACCGAAGUCUUCGCGGAAUUUUUGGCCACACUUCUGUUCCUGUUCAUGGUCUGUGGCACAGUGUUACCGUGGAAUAACACUCCACCAUCCGUUAUACACAUUGCUUUCAGUCAUGGACUAAGUAUAGCGACCUUAGCGAUGGCGGUGUUUCACAUUUCGGGCGGACAGCUCAACCCAGCCGUGACCAUCAGCAUGAUGGCUGUUGGAAGGGUCUCAGUCUUAAAAGCUGUGUUCUUCAUUAUUGCCCAGUGUGCCGGAGGUAAGGCGUAAUUGACACUGUUUGCAGACUAGGUAAGUAUGCAUAUGGAUGUUUGUUCUAGCGCUUCUCUAGAGCAAGAUCGAUAUAAGGUUUAAAGCGUUUGAAAUGAACUGAAUAGAUUAUUUGAAAGCAGCUUUUAACAUUUCAAGCUCCAAGGGAUCACAGAUUUCGCAAGGUCUUCACGCCCCCUCCAACCACAGAUCUACUCCUAUUGAUCAAUCGGCUAAACUACUUACAGCUGGAUUUAGUCAAAGCUUUCAAUCAUCUAUGUUAUUAACCAUUUUUUGUGAGCCAAGUUGAAACGGUAACACUUCAAAAGUCAUAUCGUGACAAUGCAGAGUGCUAAUGACGUUUACCUUAAGGAUUUUUAAUCCGGUCGUUCUAUUAGACUAUAUGAGUGGUUCUGCUAAAUGGUGGAACUGCCACAGAAAUUUUGCUCCUAUACUCUUACAUUUUGCGAGGAGAUCAGACCAAGCCGCUUUCGAGUCACUUUUUUUUACUAUACUGAAUGUAAUGAACGAAAAAAUAACAAAUAAUCACUUACGCGCUAAAACAAUGAAAACAACCCUUGUGGGAAUAAUUUGCGCUAUGCAAUCACUCAAGCGAAGGUCAGGAAAUGACUGAUCUUAUGAAAGGAAACAUCGUAAUAUCCAAAGUUGUUUCGAGAUCUUUUACCAAAUAGCGUUUGAAGGAAAAGUGUAGAAAAAGAUUAACUCGUAUCCGAUCAUUAGAGAGUUUUUGAGAGAUUGCGCACGGUCAGAGAAACCUGAAGCUCAGUUUUUUUUUAUCUUCGGCUAUUACCGACUUUAAGCAUCACUUUCUUCAGCUAAAUAUGCAAGGAGUGUCUAUUAUCGCUUUGAUAUGACACAAAUAUACUGCGAGCUGGCCUUCGUGCGUUUGUUUCACGGCGGAUAAGCCUAGAUAAGUACCUCCGCCGGGCCGCCUCGUCUCUAUCAGCUUUGAGCAUAAAAUCACAAGGUUCAAAAGAGAUUCCUAAUAGGCUAAACCCUGAAGUACAAUAUGGGUCUGUGUCGACCAAGUUUUAAAGGGAAGAAAAUGUUUUAAAACCCCAUAAACCUCCUGGCAAUAAGGCAAAGUUGGGCUGUCGUUUUACCGAAUGUAGUGCUUUCAAAUAAAAAUGCAAAAGUCUUGAGAUCAUGACGGAAAAUUGCUCAGCCUUGAUUCAAAUCAAUAACAUGCCACAAUCACUCAUGCGGUAACUUAAUUAACACUGCUAAGGCACCGGAACAUAUGAUAAAAUUAAGAACUUCACAUCUAAUACACAAUUUUACAGCCCAAUCAGUUUUUGCUGACGAAAGGAAGAACUUCUGUUAAGUUUUCUCUAAUGAUACGUCAGUGAAAGAAAAGGGCGCAAUGCUCUGAGCGAUUUAUCUAUUUCAUACAGAAACACGUCGAUAUUUUAGGAAUAGCGUGACAAAACUUUGACUUUUCGCACACAAUCGUCAAGAGGGUAAAAUCAAGCCGGAAUAUGAUUAAGUCGAAACAUACACGACAUUAAAGUUUUAGAAGUCUCUGUAAAAGCUGCUUUUCGAAUCAAAACAUCGACGUUUUAAACUUUGCCCAUAAAUUAAUCUUAUUCGAAUAACAGCCUACACUGACUAACUUUUUUCAUAUAUUGCAAAAUAAAUUUUAGAAGAGCUCAGAGACCCAUUUUAACAACUUCGGUUAUCAAAAAUGGCACAAAUUGCCACUGAGAUCGUCUUUUCAUAAAAUGAUGGCUUUGCAAAUUUAGAUUAAUCCUACAGGAAAACAAAGCACAUAAGUUUUAUAUUUUUUAAUUAUUUUUUUUCUUCACAAGAAAUGAUUUUUCUGUUUGAAACCCACUUUGCCGCUGCCACGUUGACGUUCAAUAGGCAACUUUUUAAUCUUGGCUCAGGGCAAAUGUCCAACAUCCGUCCCAUGAUGUUUUUAUGCAGACUAGCUAAAAGAGUACCCCAUUUACACCGGCAAAACACGUUUAGUUAAACGGGAUUUAACUGAAUGAAACUCAAAAACAGAGAGCUGAAAGAUCGAAUUUUCCAUAAGAUUCAAGUAGUCACUAACUUGUAUGUUCAAUGUACUACAUUUGAAGUCGUCAAACAUCGGUUCAAGCAGCCUUUACGAAGAAAAGAAAAACAAUUAUGUUUAAGAAAACAGCUUUAAAACCUGUUAAAGCUUUAGUGUGAAUGGGGUAUAGGAUAGAGGAGCAGGAAAAUGUAAAAACAUGUUGUGGUUUCGGCGGCCCUCUACCACAGCCGGCCAACAGGUUAUGCAAAUUUUCCAAAAUUCCACCUAACAACGCACAUGGAGAAGGCGGAGCUCAUUUGACAUUAAACGGGUGUCUCUAUGCUUGGAAAAAUACAAGAAAGAGGAAGUUAAGUGAGAGCUGACUCAAUUUUUACCCAGCGCUCUCUAAAUGAUAAAUUCAAGAGGCCGAAAAAGUUCACUUAAAUGUCACCUGUUACAAGCGGCCUUUACCAAAGACCUAACGAGAAGGCUCCUCCACCCAAAUUUUAAAACGAACUAACUUUAACAGGGGACGUUUCGAGCGUUAGCCCUCUGUCUUUCGUUCUGACGAACGGUUAACGCUUAAAAUGUUAGCUUCAGAAACUCUGUGGUGGCCAAUUCAUAUUAUCAACUCAGUUGAAAAACCAAAUAUCUCCCAUCCCCACCCCCACCGACGCAGCACCACAGUUUCUUGAUAAAUUUACCCCCUUUAAAACUACAACAAUAGCCAAAGAAGAGACAUCGGCUAAACAAUGUCAUAACACAGAGACGGCUGAAAACUGACACAGCUUCAUAACAGUUUAUAUCUCGAAAUGAUAGUCCAUCUGAUUAAUUUCUCGAUGUUCUGUUAUUUUGUAGCUAUUUGUGGAGCAGCUAUAGUUUACUACAUGACCCCAACUGAUUCUAUUGGCUCACUGGGUGUCACAGCUCCUUCAAAUGGUGUCUCUACUGCGCAGGCGUUUGGAGUGGAACUCAUGCUGACUUUCAUAUUGGUUUUUGUGAUAUUCGCUGCGACCGACCCCAACAGGGGCAUGGCAGGAUAUGGGGUACCGCUGGCCAUAGGGAUUUGUGUGUUCAUUUGUCUCAUGCAUGGGGUGAGGAACAGCUCCAACAUGCGUAUGUCAUAGUAGAAGACUAGGGAAGAUAAGUCUUAUCAAAGCCUGAGCGACUAAGAGAACAAGAAUCGCCAUAACUUCUCGGAGCUUGACUUGUUUUUUAGCUUCUGUAAGGAAUGUAAGAAGAGAAAGGCCUUUCAAAAUCUUGAAAACUUUGAAGGAAAUACACGCAUAACUCUUGCACUGAUUCAUAUUGCAGAUUCCUUCAUCUGGAGCCAGCUUGAAUCCAGCUCGUUCUCUUGGUCCUGCCGUUGUUAUGAAUUUGUGGAGAGACCAUUGGGUAAGUAAUCUUCUCGGCUGUCAAUCCUAGAAGGGCGGCAAAUGAUUUAUCACCGACUUCUCUUUUGCGUAAUAAAUACAAUUGUUAGAUUAGAGCAGAAAAUCAACUGUCAUCUGCCUCCCGCAAAACUCGAAGAAGUGCUAGGAUCAGCUUCGAAACUUUGCCACGCAAGAUAGUAAAAAGAUGUAAAUAGUUUAAGAUUGCGAUUACACGCAAGGAAGAGAAGUUUAAUUAAGUCAUACGAGCAGCGCGCGAAUCACUAAGUGGGGAGGGUGAGGGAAGAGAGACAAUAUUGUUAUACACCUGCGGUUUCCAUUGCUCUACAGACAGACGAUUGUGAUAAGCUGAUAAGUAAUCGCGUGACCUUUUAUAUAUUGAAAUGUUUCCCGCUCGGGAUAUAAUUUUGACAUCCUGUAGUGAUUGUAGUCUGAUAUUUUUGAAGCUCUUUUCUCUGAAAUUCUCGACGAUUCCACACAACUUGUAGCUAGCAGUCGGCUAGUAUUUGAAAGAAGAGAAGCUUGAAGCUGAAAAACAGCGCUUUUCUACUUAAUCGAAAAAGAAAUCUUCAAUCAACUUCAACGAGUAUUUCUGUAAAUUCAAGUCUUCGGUGGCUAUGUGCACUGAAAAUAACCAACUCAUAGUUUCCUAUGCUUUAACAGAUUUACUGGGUGGCACCCACUCUCGGCGGUCUCCUGGCAACGUGCACCUACAAGCUGUUUUUCGCCCAGAGGAGAAACAACCAAAACACUUUGGAAGAUGAUAAUUACAAUGUGGAACUCAACGACAACGAUACAUCGAAGUUUAUGAUUUCCCCUUUGUAAUUCAUCAGCGUUCUCAGUGUUGUAGAUAAAAUAAUUAGUUGGAAGUGGAUACGAAAUCUGAGUGAAGUGCUCUCUGAACUCGCCUGCUUACAUGUAUCUAGAUGAGCCCUUUUACUCCUAAGAUCCUCUUAUAAAUUCUCUGCACUGUUUGCCACUUUAUUUCUCAUAGCUUUAGCUCUGAGAGAUUGGAAUAAAAUCAGAAGAACCCCUUGUUUUGACUUGUUGAUAUUUGUUUCUCACACCUUCCUCCAAAAUAAUGUAUUAACAUCUGCAAGGAGAAAUUACGUUUAGGUCACACCUUAGAGUGAAAAGUUUUGAAAACAAUAACCCCUUUUAGGCAUACACUUAUCUGAAAAAAAAACAACUUGAAUAUUGAGAUAUGGUUCAAAGCGUCAAAAAAAAAAAAGCUUUACCUGCACUAUUAGAAAAGUAAAAGGUUUUUAGAUGUUGCUAUUUUAACUCUGUAGGAUUUUUUUUUGGAACUUCAUGAAGAGUUUGUCUGAAACAAAGUUUUUUUUGCAGGAGAAAACAUUUUGAGUAGUACCAAUGUAUACGAAGGAAAAAGCUCAGAAAAAGAUUGAAGCUUUCAAUCUUUGGUUCUCAGUCUUCAGUUAGGAAGAAGUUAUCCCGAGAGAAAGACUUGUCCCAUCAAAGCAACUCAUCUGUUACGAAAUGACCAGACGCACACGUGUAUCAUGAGUCGUUUUUUUGUACGUUGUGAGACCACGCGAGGCAUCUGCAGUUGCGCAGAUGCUAGGGUCGGCAAGAGACUUAAUUUCCCCCCAUAUAUUUCUCUGUAGUUCCUUAGCUUAAAUACCUUAAAGGCCAACGGGUUGGCAUAUCCUGUCAAAAGAUAAUCUUUUGUAAUCAAAGUUUAUACUGGCCUAUUCCAGGCGUUGAGUCGGUAAAACGAAGCACGAUAGUAAACGGCGCGAUAGCAACGGAGGAAUGAAAAAACGAGGGAGGCUUGGGUCGGGUUGCGUAAUGUUCUCUACGAUACCCGAUCCAAGCCUCUAAGACUCCUUUGUUUUCGCGCUGUCGCUAUUAUCGCGCUGGUCACUAUUUCGCUCCAUUUUCUUUCACUAACUGAACGCCUGGAACAGGUAAGGUUCAAAAACGGCUCUAAAGCUAAUCUUCUCCUUUUUUCUGCGUUUGCAUCUGUACGAGUAUUUGGACUUACCCUGUAAAAAGCGUACAAUUUUCAUACAUAUUUCAUUUGACUAUUGGUCGAAAAAGCCCCUUGGAAAGUAAUUAAUUCAAACCAUGCCUUCAUAAACACAAUACAGCCGCUGCAACUACCAUUGUUAUAAAAAAAAGAAAUUAUAAAAAACUCAGCCACAAUAACUUUUAUCACGCAUGUCCUUGCUAAACCAUCGAGAAUCUGUGUGCAGUUUCAUACAGAAACAUUAGUUAUUUUCAUUAACUUCCUGCACUUUCUUUAUACCAUGCUCAGUACGAGGGCUGCAACAUACUAGUAAACAAACCGUACUCAGAGAAAGUUGGAGAACGUAUUUCCUUCCACAAAAUUAUCAACAUUCAUAAUUUCAUUGCUUUGAAAAACCAACACUGACAAACGUUUCUAGAGCGAUCGCAAAUAAACCAUAAACACUUCAGUUUAAGAAUUUAAAAUUAUCUUGACUUCUAUAAAAAGAAAAUAUAUGCUAUGUCAACUCGUAAUUAUUGAUGGUUAGUUUGAUUGAUUCGAAAUUACGGAAACGAAAAUAUCAAGGUGACAAAGAGAGUUCUCUUAACUGACGGAGAUUUAUUGAAAGGAGAAAAACGUUUAUGUUUAAAACAAGAGAAUGAUUUAAUUUAUAUAGAAAACAAAGUAAAAACUAAAAUAACACCCAAUCCGAACGUGACCAUGAAGAAUCUAAUGAUUAACCGCAGGGAAACCUGAGACAUAACUCAAACUGUAUAGCCAACUGCGUUUAGUAGAUUAGCCAUGACAGACUUCGCGCUCCGUAAGCGCAAAUUUUGGACAUGCGUUGGGGCAGAGUUCUUAGCGACAACAAUUUUCGUUUUUGCGGUUAGUAGCUCGACGCUAACCGUGCAAGGGGACGCUACGGUCGUUGUGUUGCAUGUCUCGCUUACUGCAGGUCUAACUGUGGCGACAUUAGUGAUGGCGACAGGACAUCUAACGGGAGGCCUUAUAAAUCCCGCGCUAACAACUGCGCUAAUGGCUACCAAAAAGAUUUCGGUGUUAGAAGGAGUGUUUUACAUAGUCGCGCAAUUUCUUGGAGGUAGGUAUAUUGACGAUAAUUAGAAAUUCAGUCGGCUCUCGGUAAUUCGAACCUUCAAGGAAAAUUGAAAAAGAUUCGAGCUAUGGGGAGUUAAUGAGUGAGGACCAUACAUAAGAAAAACAUCGGUGUUUAUCAUAAUUCUGUUAAAACAGUAUAUGUUUGUAUCAAAAUGUUCAGUGUUAUAGUAUUGGAAAGUAGAACAGAAACGGAACGCUUUGAAGAAGGAGCUGAGUAGCAAAAUUGUAAAGAAAUACAAUGCACCAUAAUUUAAAUGCAUCCUAAACCAGAAAACCUGCACUGGGUGGAUAUUCCUUGUGCGUGAUGCAAAGACAAAACAGGAAGAUUUCUUGACUGAUUGAAAACAAAUUCAAUGCGAGUACAUCGUCGCAUCAUUAAAUCAGAUAGAACAUGCCUGACUUUUAUAGACGGAAUCAAGUUACCGAGGAUGAAAUAACGGACCGAGAACCGGCCAAAAAAUCGGAUUUGGUUUCAAGUUAUCGUGUAAAAUCACGAGCUUUUUUUUUUUUUUUUUUGAUAGUAGUAAUAUCAAAAAAAAAAAAAAGGUUUCUAUGCUUCUUCUAAGACUAAGCGAUGCUCUGUCUAAUAAAAUUAUAAAAGAUAAGCCUCCGUUUGAAACUUCCGCGUCGGAGUGUUUUGACUUGAAAAGAUUCACGAACGAGCAACUGGAAAAGAAUACAAAGAAGCCCUCUUUAAAUUUGAUGCAAAAUGUUGAACGUCCUUUUGCGUCUUUUAGAUUUAAAAAAAUGUUUAUAGUAAAAAAGACAUGUUUUCCCUUUUUCCGAAGUAAAGAAUGGAUUUGGAUUUCGUGCAAUUAUCUGGGUUCUAGACAACAAUUAUAAUACGUAACCUUCAGAAAGAAAGAAAAAUCUGUCACUGAGCAUACGGAGUUGAUUUAUGGCAAGGCUUCACAAAAGCUUUUGGUCUCGGCAAAUCUUUUUGUCGGGCUGUAAACAACAUCUCACAACACGAUCCAACAAUGCUGUAAAAUAUUGCGUGCGUUUUGCCGGGCCUUCAGAGCAUAUCUUUAAAAAAAUAGAAGACUCCAGUCAUUAACCAGAUUAAAGAAUGCAAGAGGUUAAGCCAUGGCGGCAACGUUUCCUUCGAAGAAAUGAAAAAAUCCUAAGUACCUCAACUUAACACAAAUCGAUUUAUCAAUGGAAUGAAGACUGAGGUUAUGGUUCAGUUUAUCUUCAGUUGUAUGAUUUAAACAUCGCUCACGAGUUGGCUCCUUGAAUUUUGAAAGGAUAGAAAGCAGAGAGAUAAAAAUUCUAAAUUGAAGAAAUUCCAUACUUUGUGAUUCAUUGAUUUCGUGGUUUUAUUGAAUGAGAGAAGUAAUGAAAGAUUGAAAAGCACAAAAUUACUUGCCGAACUAAAUACUUCAUAUUUCAUCUCCAGUUUAGCUAGACGGGUGAAACAAAAGGUAAUUUAGGACAUUUCAAUAUCAGAUAGGCUGUUUCCGUCGUGUGUUUACAUUGUGCUUACAGUGGAUUCUGAGUUUUGGCGAAAACCAAUUUAAUUACCUCGUUGAGCCGGAGACGGUGAAUUCAAAACACUAGGGAAAAUAUGGGAAGAACACAGUUAUCAUUCAUCUUAAAUUCUUCAUCCUCCCCUUAAAUAGAAAACGAUUUAGUGUCAAUUUCGACGGUAAUGCUUUGACGUCAGUGAUAGAUACGUUUUACAAAUGUUUUCCAUUUGAUCACGGAAAGUUGGGGAUACACAGUUCUCUUGUAAAUUCACUGAGAGAGUAUGCCACUUUGUUUCUUGGACUUCAGGUCUGUUCCACGCCGAAUGUAAAUUAAUUCACGACCAUGUCAAAGACAAUACAUAUCUCACUAAAAAACAUAAGCUCUCACAAAUCACAGAAAAGGUAUCUUUCCAAUCUAUAAAUGGAUCUCCCGCUAAAGCACCAAUCAGAAGCGUUCGUAUGCAAUUUGCCAAACUCCUCAGAUUACAAUUUACAUUCAGAGCGUGCCAAAAAGCACAAUACUGCACUUUGACAUGAGAUUAGUUAAAAUUUCGGCAUCUUUGAAUUUCUGUUCGUUAUCUUGCUCAACAACGUGUCCCAUUUCUUCAUCGAUGGCAGAAUAGCGUCAUAUACAAACGCAUGUUGUGAAUUAUGAUAAAAGGGCAAAUUUCCGUUUCCGUACAUUUGCAAACAGCUUGAAUAAAUAGAAUCGUGUUUGAAAAAAUAAAUAAAGCCACCAAAAGACAAAAUUUAGGAAAAGGUUCAUAUGUUUAAAGUUAUCAUGCAAAUUAUUUGAUAAACAUUCAGUAAUUGCUCGGAGGACAGAAGAAAGACGAUAAUUUCCAAUCAAAGAUGGAAGAAAAAAUUGUCAAAAUUUCGAGCCAGUAUCUUGUGACGUAAAUAAUGGUUUUGAUGUUUGAAGUUUCUAAGGACUAGGCAAGGUCGGAUACCGAAAAUUUUUAAGAACCGAAAGCAUGAACAAACGAAUGAAUGAACAAACAAAGGAUUGCUCCACGAAGAAGCGAAAGACGGAACAAAGGGACGAGUAAGCGAGCAAUGAAAACAGUAACCGAUCAAACGAACGAACAACCGACUCACCGAUGAAAAACAAACCAACUCGAUGAACGUUUCUUUUCACCAACGUGUAAGCCAUUUACUGACAAAACAAGACCCAUCCACUAACUGAACGAGCACCCAACUCACGAACAGCACGAAAUAAAAAGAGAUUGUGCCACUAUUCAAUAAACGUGGUUAUCCUCCCAACACCGCGCACAACAAAUUGAUCGACAGUCAGCACUAAAAAAGGCUAACAAUGUGCCAGUUUUUCGAUAAAAGAGGCUAUCCUGUUUUUGUCGUUCAAGUGGGCAAACCACCGCGCCCAAAAAAUUGAUCGACAGUCAGCACUAAGAACGGCUGGCAAUGUGCCAGUUUUCCAUAAACGUGGCUAUCCUGUUUCUGUCGUUCAAGCGGGCAACCACCGCGCCCAACAAAUUGAUCGACAAUCAGCACUAAAAACCGCUAACAGUGUGCCAGUUUUUUCGAUAAACGUGGCUAUCCUGUUUCUUUCGUAGAAGCGGGCCACCACUGCGCCUUACAAAUUUAUCGACAUUCAGCACCACAAACGGCGCAGAAGGAAAAUGCUCAUCGCAUUCCAGUCACUCACAUUUUACCCUCACAACCACGUAGUUAAAUCUAUCAUUCUUAAAAACUUUAAAUUACUUCAAAGCGAUUCAAAGCCUUGUGCCAUCUUUUCGCAACCUCCACUAAGUUCAUUCAAACGCGAAUGACCAACCUGCCUGAAGCUUUCAAAUACGAUACAAAACUUUUCCUUUCAUUCACAACGCAUAGGAAAUGUCGGAACCAAAGAAAUCCAUUAAGAUCACGGUUCGCUUCACUUGCACCUCCGCCAACGUCAUCUAUUGCAUAACUUGCAUUUAAACCAGUCGCUAGACAAUUUAAUCUACCUUACCAUUCUAAGCAACAUAUGGUAGUUUGCAGCCUUCCCCUACAUCUAGGCAGUUUGGAAAGCCGCAAAACUUUAGAACAAAAAUUUAUGUUUCAAAUCGGCACUUUUGAUCUCCAUGGUAUCAACUAGCGCUUUUCAUUCAACUUAUUUAUUCUUGUUUUUCUUGUCACCAUGUUCCCACCAACGCAUAGCACCAUUUUCUGCAUAUAAACACAAACACAACCCGCAACUCCUCUAAUCACUCUGACGUGGUGACGACGCGCUAACGCUCGAAACGUUAGCUUUUAAACUCUUUACGGUGGCCAAUUUACGUUCUCAACUCAGUUGCUAAUACCUUAGUUUCACUGAAAGAAAUUGUCAUUCAGCCAACGGCUGAGCAAACGCACUGACAUUGCCGACACACCCAAACAUCCAGCCAUGUCUGUUACAGUGUUUUUCAAAUCAUGUGGUCUGUUUUCCACUCAGAUGGUUUUGGAAGUACCGUAGAUAACUGAACUGUCUCUUUCUAUCAGCGAUUUUAGGAGCAGCACUUCUAUAUGGUCUGACACCUGGCAAAAUGCGCGGGGCACUGGGAGCGACCACAAUCAGUAGCGACCUUAGUGCUAGCCAAGCCUUUGGACUGGAGCUCCUUCUCACGUUUGUGUUGGUGUUUACCAUAUUUGCCGCUACUGAUCCGGGCAGGGAACUUCGAGGAUACGACAUACCGCUGUCCAUAGGAGUGUGUGUGUUCAUCUGUCACAUGUGCGGGGUAGGUGUAGAAAUAUUUAAAAUAAAACUUUUUUCUUUCCAUUUUUACAAUGGGUACGAGUUCGCCAUGUGACAUAGCAUUGCAUAGCUGAGAUUGUGCAUAGCUCGCACGAAGAUAGACUCCAAAAACGAAGUUGACAAAGCUCUUUUUGAGAGGAAGUGACUCAGAUACUUCUUGUUGAAGGGGCUAUCGAGUAUUGCGUGACGUCACGUUCGUUUGUUUGAGCUUUAGAAUCACGAGCGUACAUACUUGAACGUGGAGGUUGUUGUUGAAGAUCGUCAUUUGAGGACGAAAGAUUUGUAUUCGGUGUUCUUUCCUUUAUGAAUUAAAGUCCUUUAAAACUUUGACUUUAAAAUCGUUGUUAUUUGAAAGCAACGCUCAUCGUUCGUUUAGGGCGGCAACUCAUGCUUUUAGUACUUACUUGGGGUAUUCAGAACGAACCUUGGUUUUAUUUUUAGCCGUUGCAAUUGCACGCAGGGAAAUCAAAAGACCCAUUAUCUUGUUUAUGGGGAAGUUCAUUAAAAAAAAAAGAAUCAUGCUAGCAUAUUAUUAAAAUCAUGGAAGCUAUCACCAUCGCCACAACUGUCAACACUGACCGGUUUCCGUUAAGGUUAACUCAACACUCCUCACUUCGAGAACGAAGCAAUAUGAGUAACGUUUGGUUACUUCGUGUUCUUUCUUAGAUUCCUCUCACUGGCUGCAGCAUGAACCCCGCCAGGUCUCUCGGUCCUGCCCUAAUUAAAAACUUCUGGAAAGACCACUGGGUAAGAGAGGAUGUUUGAUCAGCUUAUAAUCAAAACUAUAACAAAAUUCUCGAAUGUGAUUGGUUAUCACCAGCCCGAUUUGCGCACUAAUAGGACAGUGUACGCGUCAUGCUUGUAAUUGGACAGUGUAAUAGAACAGCUCGAGGGACAGUUAACACGUCAUGCCGGUGUAAGUGGACAGAACGCGUCAUGUGCGCGCGCUGUUGUCUCGCAUUUCGUCAAGUUUAUUGUUGUUGUAGUAUUUUUUUAAUGAAAACGUAUCACCAAUGUCUACAUUCUUUCUCAUAUUUUGUCAUAGUUAUGAUUAAUUGCUAACAGGACUUCGUAUCGUCCAUCAAUCAAUACUCGUGAUUAACAAAUCGGACUCCCGCUUCGCGAUCGCCCGAUUUUGAUAAACACUCGUAUGAUUACAGACCGAAUUGGACUCCACUCGGUCCUACUACCAUCAUUAAUCACAUUAAAUGUGAAGUCUCCUUAAUAGUAGUAUUCCGGACAGCUGAGGUCAGCGAGUUUCACCCACAAUCUUCCCGAGAGGGGUCUUGAGAAGCCAAUGAACCCCUGCUUCCUAUUACCAGUGAGAUCAAAAUAAGAUUCCCCCCAGUAGACAAUCUGCCAUCACUUCUGGUUUAUAAGCACAAGUUAGUUGCUCAUUUUCCUUACGGCAAGUCGAUAAAACGAGGGAGAAUAUCGUGUGUUCCAAAACUACCUUCUACGAAGCUAUGCUAAUCCUGUCUAAAUUCGUUCGGCCUCAUUUAGCCCUACUGACUUUUGGGCCUCAGUUUUGAAACAAAUAGGUUAAGCUAUUCGUAGUAAGUUAAGCACUGACCCAAACUCAACCGUCAUGAAAAGUGAUGCUAACCAGAACUGGUUCAUCGAGUUUCCAACAAUUGGGUACAGAUGAUUGUUUAGGGUGAAAAAAGGUAAGACUUAAGGAAACUCCACUUGUUAGGAGCGAGGGGUGAGCUUCACAAUUCACCAAAAGGAGAGUGACAGGCCAAACUUCGAGCAAAAAAAAAGGCGCAAUUUUUAAGGGUCCAUUUUGUGCGCUCAACAUAAAAGAUACACUGUAAGUACGUUGAAGACAGAUGCAGCUUCUAAUUUUGUCAAACUUGCUUUUUUAUUUUUUCUCCCCCUCUUUCAAGGUUUACUGGGUCGGUCCCGUACCAGGAGGAAUUAUAGCGGCAUUCUUGUAUGAAUACGUCUUCUCCACAAGGAGUGCUGGAGUUUCUCCAGCUUAAAUUUAUUAGCUGUGAACCGUUUCGUCCAGGGUCCAAGACCGAUAGCGGAGAAGACAAAGUAUAUCAGUUGCACCUUUUUGUGACCAUGUGUAAGGGUGUUUUUGAACCCUGACUUAUAGUUCUCCCUUCUUCAUGAAAUUAACUUUCGUGCAAAAUACUGAAGUGUGAUAAAAACCUUAAUUGUCCAUUCUCAUGAGCAGUUUGCAGGG